AUGUCCUGGCCCAACCCCUCCCCCGACUGGCUCCGCUGCACCCACACCGGCUUCGGCGAACCAAACACCUACCUCCACCCAGAAUGCUUCCCCUCCGCCACCGUAGCCCCCCAAUCCGCCGAGAACCCCGACAUCCAAACCUGGUACUCGGAAUGCCCGGUAGGCUACUCCGUCGCAAAAACCUUCACCUCGGGCCGCUUCGACCUCCCAACCUACGUCUUCAGCGAGCCCUCCCCCACCAAAACCUACGACGUAACCGCCACGGGCCUAGCCUGCUGCCCCUCGGGUAAAUACCACUUCGAGUACCGCCGCGUCGAAACCUCCAUCACCUCCCACAACGGCAGGCGCGAGACCGUCUCCCUCUACAUCAUGCCCUCCUGCAUCGCCACCCGCGUCUCGGCUCUCUCGGGGAAGGGGAUAGCAAUGAAGGAGUGGUACAACACAGCCGUCUACGACAAGAAGCGAGACUUGGGGGAGCGACAGGCUAACCACGACGCGGAAGCUACCAUCACCGAUGCGUGGAACAUGGAUAAUACCCUGUAUGCACAGGCGAUUCAUCUCGGCUACACCGUCUUUCGCGAUCAGUACACGUGCUACACCAACUGCGACGAGUAUUUUUACAAUUCCUUCAGGGAUGUCGUGCCAAAUACGUACAAGACUUGGAGCCCGCCAACGACGACGACUACUUCGACGAGUACUUCUGAUGGGUCGUCGUCUACUGGAGACGGUGGCGGUGAUAAUGGUGAUGGUGAGGGAGGGAAUGGGGAGGAGGUGGUGUCUACCAGCUCGACAGCUGGUGCUGCUGAGCAAGUGGGACGGUCGGGGAGUAUUAUCAUCACUUUGGUGACUGUGGUGACGGUAGUUAUGGGGUUGGGUGCUUGA